CAGCAUAAAGAUGGCGCCUCCAUUGUAUCAAUCACGAAGGAGUCGGGUAGACCAGACCAAUUCUGACUCUAAGUAUUACACCUUCUACAACAUCAAGAAGACCAAACUGUCUGCCAGGUAUCCAUUCUUGCCUAAGAAACAGAUUGAGAGGAAGAUAAAGCAUCUAUGGGAGAGAGCUUCAGCGGAGAAAAGAGCAGUCCUUUGCUUAACAUCAUCUGGCUCUAAAUCCCCCUUCAAAGGGUCUAUACUUCAAGGACUUUGUAAGAAGAAAUUACCCCUGGAGCACAUCAUUUUCAACAGUGCCCCUAUCCACAAUAGUACUCCCACAACAAGCAUGGCUGGUUCUGGUCCUGUGCGUACCCUGCAUUCAAGCAUGAAAGAUCCAUGGUCUCAAACAAGCAGAAAACAAACUCUCAGGAGCUCUUCAAAGAAACUUGUUUCAACCAGAAGAGUAAGUUUCAACUUUGAUCAAUCUCCAUUGCUAGCAAGACCAAAUACAAGAAGCUCCAUUAAGGAACAGAAGUCAGAGGAAAGAAAAGUUGAAAACAAAAAAAGAAAGAAGCACAAAUCAACCAAGGAUGGUCAUUUGAGGAAAAGGGAACUGUCGUUUGAAGAGAAACAGAUGUAUGAGUUUCAGGACGAAGGUUCCAAGUCAUGGAAUCACUCUGUAGGUAAGGCUCAAGUGGAGGCUGGAAGAUCGUCCCACUCAAAUCCUGGUGUCAAGGAUCAUGUGUUUGCACCUGAACAUUACAACAUUGAAAUCAGUGCGAAUACCAACAUAUUCACUGAUGACAGUCAGUCUCCCACCAUAACACCAGAGCAAAGACUUCCAGAUACCACACUUAAUGAUAAAUCUUCACAAAACCUUGGCAAAAAGACUAAAACUAGCAUCAGGAGGAAUGCUAAGAGCCUUAAAAAUUCUAACAGAAGAUUACAAAAGAGCAAAGAUGUCAAAAACAAUCCCAGCAUCGGUGAGAAAGGAAAGAAAGAUGAUGAUCCAUCCACAGUUGAUGACCUUGAUUCCUCACAGAGUGAUGAUGCUGGGGAAGUACCAUGGCUUGUCAGUGCUCACAGAGACAGUUCCUCGGAUGAUGCCAGAGAUGAUUCUUCCGAUGACCAAGACCAGGAUGCCUUCUACGAUUACUAUCACAAGAGCAGCAGUGAAAGCAGUGCCCCAACUGUGCCUUCUCUUUCUCAAGAAUCUGACGAUGCUGGUCCAUCAGAGAAUAACACCAUGUUCAGUUGGAAUGGAGCUUGUUUCACAAAGAAGACUUCAAGUCUAGGAACCGACACAUUUGACAGCCAACUGUCUCAGGUUUCAAUGGAUGCAGCUGAGGUUAUGUCAUUGUCAUCAACCGAGGCCAGCCUGUCUCCCGAUAGCCCUCAGUUCAUAUUUGGAUUGCCAAGGAAAAUGAUGAUGUCACCUCAAGGGUCUGUGACACCAUCAGACAUCAGAGCAGACUCACCAAUGCUACAAAAUCAGGAGAUGCAUCUAGAAGAUGGCUUGAUGAUGGAAUCACCAAAGAACUCUAGAUGUCAGCGAGACAGUCAUCCAUCGCCAGACAUCAGAGAAGAUUUAGUACCACAGAAACGAAAGAUGCGUCUGCAAGAUGGAAUGUUGUUGGACUCGCCUAAAACCUCUAGACUUCAACAAGUUAGUCAAACAUCGCCAGACAUGAUAGAAGACUCGGCUUUACCACAGAAACGAAAGAUGCGUCUACAGGAUGGCAUGAAAAUGGAUUCACGUAAGAGCUCUAGGAUUCAAGGACUUGUUUCUCCCACUAGCAGGAAGAGACAAAUGAAAGGGCUACAAGGAGAGGACAUGGUUUCCAUGACUACUGCAAGACAUACCAAAGAGAACCAGAAACAAAUAUCACCACCAAAGACUGCUGUAUCUCGAGGAGACUCAGUGGUAUCAAAUGAAAGGAAGGUCUUGGUAGAGAUGAAUUCAAAACCUACUAAGCCAGCAACGAAGACAAACAGCACCAAAAGAAAUAAAGAGGAUCAUGCACCAAAGGUUCAAAAGAGGACGUCAGGAAGACUGAAAAACAAGGAAAGCUUGGUGAACAGAUCCUUGGCAAAGGAAGGUUGCACUGAUGAGGGAGGAAAUAUUGCUCAGGGUAAGAAUGAUUAUAUGAAGAAAUCCCCAACCACAACUGAGCAGGAAGAAAUCUUCAGGAGUGAUGGAAUUCUUUGUGAUCUCUUCCAACCAAACCUUUCUUCUGAAAAGAGAUCAUUCAACCCUCAAGGUGAGACAGAGUUUUAUCAGAGUUGCAUGGAUGAUCCAGUUUCCAGUCACUUGUUCCUGGAAGAAAACUUUUUUCUCUAAAGUCUAACCCAAAGCUCUCGGAGGGGAACUCCCUGAAAAUUUCAUUUACAAAAUGUCUUCUAAAUAUUGUCGCCUAAGUUUGUCAUGCCUGUUAUACGUUCAUUCUUUGAAAAAUUCUGUGUUAUUUCUCCUGAAUUCUCCCUUAAGUUGAAAGAUUUUGCUAAACAUAAGUUAUUUUAUUUAUUUCAGAACCGGCAGGUAUGCCAUCUACCAUUCGUGGGUGGGGGCUACUUUAUUUGUUCACAUUUCUUAGAAAACGAAUACUAUGUACCAGCACUCAUUCAGUAUAUCCUUAAAAAUUGAUAAAGUUUUACAAUCAGAAUUGUGACAAUUGUUUUGUAAACUUUAUUAAAACUACCAUCAAAGAUCCAUCAAUGUCUGAUUUCUGUGAUGAAUAUCUUUUCCCAAAAUGUUUUCCAUGCUUCUUACCGGUCCUUUCUAUUCAGGUAAAUGUGAUAUUUUGAUGCUGGCCAUUAAAUUUUUAAACAGGGUCCUAAAUAUCAUGCAAAUACUUCUACGACGAUACUCAGCAGGAUCAAUAAGUCAGGAUGUUGUGCUAAGGAAAUAUCAAAUACAAAAGGAUAGGGGAAUAUGUUA